UAAGAAAUUAAAAACGUCCCUUUUGGUUCUGUAUUUUGGUUAUAAAUAUUAGAAUUUACCCUUUUUUUAAAACAUUUUAUUUCUGUUCCACUGUUGCAAGAAAGACAGCACCAAACCGUAACUGAAACUGGUCACAGCAAACAUAUAAAUCCAACACAAUUCCACCAUUUUUUUUUUAAUAAUUUGAUUAAUAUGUCUAGCCCUAUAAUCCGAAUGAACCAAACCACCGAACCAUGGAGGAAAUCACGGCAGCCAAGCCGUUCCCUUUCUUCCUCUAACAUCGUCGACUGCGGCGGCUGUGUCAGCAACAACAAUAGCAGAAGGAGCCGGUCAAUGGACAGUGCCAGUUUCGGGGAGAUUUGUGGGGGUGCCACAGCUGAGUGUGCGGCUAUUUGUUGCUGUGUCCCUUUCGGGAUAGCCAACUUUCUAGUUUUGACAAUGUACAAGAUCCCUGCAGGGUUAUGCCGCCGUGCUAUUCGUCAGAGGCAGCGGCGUAAGUUGGUGAAAAAAGGGUUGAUUCAGCCGUGGGACCACCGUGGAUGUGAGGGUCUCCAUAUUCACCCAGUGGAGGAAAUUUUCCCAGUUGUGAAUGGUUCUGAAGAAACUGAAAAGGCUGUGAAUGAACUGGAAAAAGAAAUGUGGCAAAGGUUUUAUGGCACCGGGUUUUGGAGAAGUCCUUCUCAGAGGGAAGGUGAUUCACCUAGAAUUAAAUAACUGUUAAAAAAAGAAGAAAUAUUUGGACUAAAUAUUGUUUUAAAUUGGGAUUUUAUUAAGUAUGGGGCAUCAAUUAAGAAAUUGAUUUUGAUGUCAUAAAAACAUGGUUCUAUUUUAACCUGUAAUGAAUGAUGAUGGUUAAGAA